AUGUGUUUUGGCUGAAAUUGAAAGCGCUGUAGUUUUUUUCUACUCGUAGAGUACGUACGGUUAACUAAGUUAACCUCCUUGAUUGAUUGUAGAGUACGGUCCUCCUUCCUGCAAUUUAGUAGAAAGAACUAUAUUUACGCUACAUCGUUUCGUCAUGAAGGGCUGUCUGUCGGCGCUCUUUGUGUCCCUCUGUGUCGUUUGUGCCAGUGGAACUUCGGCGCCGCACACCACAGAAGCCUCGCUCGUGUCCAAGCUGGUAAGCGGAAUUCCAACCGACCGCCAGCCAACAGUGCAUGUCGGUCAUGGUCACAACCUGACAACAGAGACCGCCAGCCUGCCGACGGCGUCCUCUGCCGAGACCACCACCGACAGACCGGUCUCGACGGCGACCAAACCUCCGCUUCAAACCUCCACGUCGAAAACGGGAAGUGCCGACGCGAGUGAACCCGGCAGCGGUCUCGGCGUGGUGAGACACCACAGACCGCUGACGUUGUUCGGCCAGCUCGGAUCUCCUCUGGCCUCGGCCCCGCAGACCAGAGACCCGUCAUGCCCGCCCGUCAACGGGAGUGAACCGCCACAGCUGGUGACUUCAGACGGGUUCUACAAGAAGGUGACCGAAGACCGGAUAGAAAUCCUGGCCACCGACGUUGCUCUGGACGAGACCAGCGCUCUGUUCGACCCCUGCAAGGACUUCUACCUGGAGACGGUCAGUCUGACCAUCAAGGGGCACCUGAGAUGGCGGGGGAGGAACGUGUACAUCUCGGCUGUGAACCUGACCGUGGCCGGGGACAGCGCGGCUGUGGACGUGUCCUACAUUGCUCACGGGCAGCCGGACUGGGACACCCCCGCACAGAGUGGUACCACCCAGGGGCAGGCUGGGCAGGACGGCCAAACCGGUGGAGCUGGUCAGAGAGCGGGGAACGCGACGCUGUACGUGGGGUUCCUGUUCGGCGGCCGGCUGGAGGUGCUGGCCCGGGGAGGGUCGGGCGGACAGGGACAGGCUGGCGGGGACGGGCACGUGGGAGCCGCGGCACAGCCUAACCAGGAUCGUGACGCCUGUUGUCACGGGCGCUCCACGGCCGGCACGACUGGCGGGAAGGGAGGGGACGGCGGCAAGCCUGGGCAGUCCGGAGACGGAGGCCCUGGAGGUGUCAUCACCAUCAGGCUGUUGAACAAGACGUGGGAAGAUCUGGACAUUCACAACCUCCAGACCCUCCAGCUGCCAACAGCUGACGUCAGCGGCGGUCCUGCCGGUCCCCAGGCGGCGGCAGGGAAGCCCGGGCCCGGCGGACCAGGCGGGGGAGGGUCGGGGACACACUGCUACAACGCUGGGCACUGGUACGACCAUCACUGGCGCUGUGAGGGACCGUAUGCUCCUCCCGGGCCUCAAGGUCCCUCAGGCAACACACCGCCGCCGGCCCCUCCUGGUCAUCCGGGGUCUCCAGGACAGGCGUCCGUUGACGUCAUCGACUUUGAGGACAUCUCAGAGCACAUCUCCCCGGAGAUGGUACAGAUGACGUUUAGACAAGGUAACAGGUACUAUAAGGAGGGUGACGUGGAGGCGGCCCGGAACGUGUACCUGUGGGUGUACUUCACCAUGCAGAACUCCAGCCGGCCCGAGCUGAGGGGACACGCACGGGAAGCCAUGAUCUACCUCAUGCAGAUCCAGCACGGACUUGACUUCUGGGCCCACGCGCAGAACAACAUCCCGAUGAACUCCUACAGCAGCAUCUACGCCUACCUGUCCACCGAUAUCGUGCCUUAUGCUAUUGAUGUGGAGAAAGACUACAACCUGUACUUCGCGGAGGCGACGUCUGAGGAGCAGAAGAUGGUUGUAGCCAAGAGCAGCAUGGACCACAACAAGUUCACCAUCACGGUCCUGGAGAAACAGAAGAUGGAGAAACUGGACGAACUCACACAGAUCCAGUCCGAAUUGCAUGACCUGGAGCAACAGCAGGCUGUGCGGUUGGCGCGUGCGCAGGACGCCACCGCGGAGUGCCAGGACGCCAUAGAGGCGGAUCUUGUCCACAAGGCCACGGCGAUCCACUUCAGCGACAUCCUCAAGAUCGCAGGGGCCGCCAUCAAGAUUUAUACUUCUAUCUACACAGGUGGACUGACCUUGGGAAGUGGCAUCAACGACAUCAUCAGCGCCUUGGAGGCUGGGAAGAAGCUGGAGGGUCUGGACUUCUUAGACCAGCUGAAGGGAGUCAAGACGAUCAUUAAGAACAUCUGGGGCAUCUGGGACAAGGAUAAGGGCAUCAUUAAGUCCGACCUGAAGGACAUAGAAGAGCAGUACGAGAAGAUCAAAGACACGCUGGACCACCAGGGGCAGGAGAACCAGCAGAAGAUCGUGGUGGACGGGAAGAAGUUUGACGAACAAUUUGACAAGUGGCUGUACCUGGCGCAGUGUCGGGACGCCAAGCCGAGGAUCCAGGCUUAUCUCAAUGUCACACAAGCGGUGAAUGACAAGCUGGUUCACCACGACGCUGUCGUCAUCAAGAUCCACAGUCUGGACGCGGAGAUUCAGGUUCUCCAGCAGCAGAACGCGCGCCUGCGCAGUGAGACGGCCGCGGUGUUCGACCCGACCAUCAUCAGUUACGCCAUGGCCAUCGGCAGGGUGUAUGUGCAGCUCAAGGAUUCUAUCGUGGACCAGAUGAAGCGGCUGCAGGAGGCGUAUAACUACCAGUUCCUGGAGCGGCGGCCCUUCUCGUACGACGACUCGCGCAUGGCCAUGAUCGAGGCCUGGCUGGCCAACAACCGGAUAUCCAUGCUGCAGCGCAUGGAGAAGAUCGGAAAUGACGUACAGGUGUUCAACGCGGACUCCUCUCCCAUGACUAACACCAUCGUGCUCCGUCGCCUGGACCUGGCGGACGACUUCGCCCAGUUCGACAACGGCACCGAGCUGCCCUUCGUCAUCAGCGGGGCGGAGGACCUCCUCAUGCCGAUGACUCACGUGCACAUGACCGACGUCAAGGCCUGGAUCCCCGGCGUCCGCACGGAGGACCGCCACGUGAAAGUGUGGCUCAAACGAUACGGCACGUCCUUGGUGUACGACCAGCAGGGCGGGAUGUGGACCUUCACACACGCUCCCCGCACCAUGCUGUUCCACUACAACACCGGCAGUCUACAGGUGUAUUCCAAAGCCGACAUCCACCAGGCUAGCAGCGACUACGUCACUCUGAGUCCCAUCGGUCCGUGGACGCUGGCGGUGCCGAGGGAGUACAACCCGGGCGUGGACGUCAGCAGGGUGCGGGAGAUCCACCUCCAGCUCACCCUCACCUUCCUGCCGUGCGCCCAGCCCGUCUGUCCGCCCCGCACCAGGCAGGUCAACUUCACGGACGCCGGCGCGGGCUCCACCGCCGAGUUCCGCGUCCAGGACACGGCACAAGUCGUCGGCGCGGGCUCGGCUGCCUGGGUUGCGGUGCUUGUAGUGCUUGCUGUGUUGUUCUGUGGGCUGGUUGUAGGGAUCGUGUAUGUUCGCAAGAGGCGUUCGGGACAGUCUCCCCCGGGCCACAGUGAGACAACACCGCUGACAGCCAACACGGCCGUGUAAGCUGCUGUAUCAAACAUCGACCAUGAAAGCAAUGAGCUAGAGCAUAAUGAUAUUGCCAUUCUGAAUAUCAAAUGCUUGAUGAGAGGAAAUACUGUUACUGCUAACUUUACCUGAACCAAUUUUGCUACUAGCAUACGUAAGUACGGUCUAUCUGAAAGAUUGUUCCGAAAGCUUUUGUUGUUGUGUGUGCUGUAUAGAGUUGAUUCUAACUUUCUUACAAUCACAGGUGAAUAAGAACAUGCAGUUCUGCUAUAAAAUUAAGGUCUAUUACCCAUCGUUGUAUUAUACACAUUGCUAAGUCAAACUUAGCAAAGCCAGAUUUAGCUAUACUGUGAACUAUUUUCUGUUAUUUCUGUUUCGCAACUCAUCUAUCUUUUUAAAUUGAUUUGUUUUGUACUUCAGCACUCGGGAAUGAGUUUUCAAUAAACUUGCU